GUAUGUACCACACACACAUAUAUAUAUAUAUAUAUACACACACAAUAUGCUUUAUAGUGUGAUAACAGUGAACAUAUGCCUGGCAUGCACUACUACUAUGAGAAUACGCAAUAAUAAUUUAAAGGAAAUUGAAUCAUGAUCAUCUAGUUGAUAAAUUAUAAGUUAUUAUGAUUAUUUUGAAGAAGUUUCGACAUAUCAAGUUGACUAAAGUUAGUAAAACUUGUAAAAUAGAAUCAUUGAGGUUAUAAUCAAGCACAAAAUAAAUCAGGAUAAGAAUCAAGAGAAUAUAUGUCUGAUAAAUUAAAAAAAAAUGUAUAUAUAAUAUUUCAUAGAAGUUUUCUUAUAAAAUAGACAAACUCAUACAUUACAUCUAAAAAUCGGAUUUAUGUAUCAUGUGUACGUGUAAAAAUUAGAUUUAUGUGUAUUCUAAAUAUAGAGAUUUACAUAUUCACUGUGAGACAAUGUCUCAGAUUCAGUAUAUAAAAACUUGUAUGAAGAUUGGUAAAACAUUAUGUCCGUUAGUGACGUUAAUAUGCACUAUAUUUGUUAUUGUGAUUACAAUCUAUAUCAAUCAAAAGAUCUCUCCAAUCUUUGUCUUUCUUUGUAUACAAGUGUACCUGAAUUGGUACUCUAUAUAUAGCAUCAGUUACAAAUCAAAUCCAAUGAAAGUUAAAGAGGUACAAGAUAACUUGUAUAGUGUGAUUAUCCAACAGCGUAAAUUUGAACAACCACUGCCUAAUGUGCAGCAGCCACCGGCUCACAAUACAGCCUACAGAUUCUGGCAUUGCGAGAGAUGUCAGAGUUACAUGUGCAAGCCUACUCAGCAUUGCACCUUCUGCCACAAAUGUUUUCACUUCAAGGAUCAUCACUGCUUCUUCCUAGGUGCUUGUGUACUGCGCCAGAAUAUGGGCAAUUUCAUAUUAUUUUGCUUUUACACUUCAUUGACAUGUUUAUAUUCCCUAUCUGUACUGGGACCAUACAUGUACGAGAACAUUAAUCACAUAGUGAAGAGCGACGCGGAUUACUUCAACAUAUUCCUCAACUUUUGCUUCCCCAUUGCCCUGGCAAGACUGCUGCACUCCAAAGACAGUUCGAGUAUACUUCUAGUCACGAUAUUCGACAUAUUAAUGUCGAUUUUAUGUAUUUGUUUAGUGCUUGGCAUUUGGAAACUGCACAGUUGUUUAACUGGCAAGCAACGUUACGUGAACGUAACAGGAAAGCAGAAUCUAAAGGAAAUCUUUGGAAACUAUGGCCUAUCAAAUAUUAUUUUUCCAUAUAAUGGUCUCAUAGGCACAAGAGAUAUUAAUGGCAAAUAUGAAUUAAAGGAAGUAUGAAACUAGUCAGAUAGACAAUGGAUGGAGAUUAAGUCUACACAUAUUUUUUUUAUUAUGUACUUGUAUUGUAAUAAAUAUAAUAAUAAUAUAUACAACGCAUUCUUACACAUAAUAGAACACAAAUAGCGCUCCUUAAUGCGAUUGACGGAAGGUUUCAAAAAAGAGAAUUGUUUGUACUAAAUCGUAAUAUGAAUUAAAUUAUUAAAUACAUGUAAUCUAAUCUCUAUUAAGAAAUAAAUGACACUGUCUCAAAAUGACAAAA